CCCGCCAUCCACGACCAACAAUCACCUGGGGUGGAUUGAGCCCGUGGUGACAGUUCACCAGUGACAUUCUGUACCAAGUACUGCUGGCGUCCUCUGUAGAUGUGAGUGUUUUUGUAAGAACAGCACGGGGCCUAGUGGCCGUCAAUAAUGAUUGCGGCGAUGAGUACAGGCAGGGUCAAGUGGGGUAACUGGGGGAGAUGGAACCCCCGGGGGUGUGAGAGUCUUGAGGCAGAGGAGAGAGUUCGGGGAAAGGGGCCUGGCAGAGCCGAGGUGAAUCAAAGGCGAAGCGGAGCGAGGCUCGGGGCUGCUGGGGGGAUUCGGGGUCCGGAGCGUCGUCGCUUUCACCGCGGGGGAUCGCCAUCAUCGUCUUGGAAGGCUGCGAAAUAUGUUAUACAUCGACGUCUCCUAUAUCGUCAGUCAGCUCUAUAGUGAAUGUCGUGUAGCAGCUACAAAGCCACUCAGUGUAAAGUCAGUCAGCUCUAUAGUGAAUGUCGUGUAGCAGCUACAAAGUCACCAAGUUGUCUAUAGUCAGCUCUAUAGUGAAUGUUGUGUAGCAGUUACAAAGUCACUCAGUGUAGAGUCAGCUCUAUAGUGAAUGUUGUGUAGCAGCUACAAAGUCACCAAGUUGUCUAUAGUCAGCUCUAUAGUGAAUGUCGUGUAACAGCUACAAAGUCACUCAGUGUAGAGUCAGUCAGCUCUAUAGUGAAUGUCGUGUAGCAGCUACAAAGUCACUCAGUUGUCUAUAGUCAGCUCUAUAGUGAAUGUUGCGUAGCAGCUACAAAGUCACUCAGUGUAGAGUCAGUCAGCUCUAUAGUGAAUGUCGUGUAGCAGCUACAAAGUCACCAAGUUAUCUAUAGUCAGCUCUAUAGUGAAUGUCGUGUAACAGCUACAAAGUCACUCAGUUGUCUAUAGUCAGCUCUAUAGUGAAUGUCGUGUAGCAGCUACAAAGUCACCAAGUUGUCUAUAGUCAGCUCUAUAGUGAAUGUUGUGUAGCAGUUACAAAGUCACUCAGUGUAGAGUCAGCUCUAUAGUGAAUGUCGUGUAACAGCUACAAAGUCACCAAGUUAUCUAUAGUCAGCUCUAUAGUGAAUGUCGUGUAACAGCUACAAAGUCACUCAGUUGUCUAUAGUCAGCUCUAUAGUGAAUGUCGUGUAGCAGCUACAAAGUCACCAAGUUGUCUAUAGUCAGCUCUAUAGGUUCAAAUUCAUAAAAAGAAAAUAGACAAUUUCUUAAUUUGAACCUAUCUACGUGACAUUACCGAAAGACCUAAAGAAUAUGAAUUCCUGCAGUCACGAAAGCUUUAGGUCAAGACAUUCUAGGCUCAUAUUAGUAAUAUAUAACUUAUAAGCAAGACAGCGUCUCUGAGUUGCUACAUUACAAUUUAAUGCAUUCAUUCUUAAGUCGGGGAUUUUUUAUUUUCCAUUAGCAAUCACGAAAAUUGUUAUUUACUUUUGAUGUUCUGAUUUUUCCUGAGACGUAUUCUGCAGUCCACGUAUUGGCCACUUCUAUACCUGCGUGUAAACCGACGAGGAUCUGUCUCUUAAAGCUCACCUCUUCUCUACUGCUCAUCAUCUUCUCGCCCCUCCACUCCUUCCCAUCCCUCUACCCUUUCGUGAUCCCCAAGUUCCCUCUAUCGCUGUCACUCAUUCCUCAAUCCUGGUCGCACGCCCUUGAAAUUUAAAUAAUUUCCGAUUAUCCUCGUAGCGACUUUUAGCUCCCCAUCGAACAAAGAUGAUAACUGCAUUACGCGCUUUGAGAUUCGCUUCUGCGGCCGUCUGUAACGCUCUUCCGAUAUUAGGAAGCCACUAGAGCUAUGCACUUUUAAAUAUCGAUUGAAAACGAAUUUAUUUGAAAUAGCUUGUUGUUUAGCUCGUUGUCCUUCCCCCGCACCUCCGAGUAGCACGGUUGGCUACGUACGGUGCGAAAGAAGUUCAACAUAAUAUGCUGUCACCGUUGUGCAAGCUCUGUCAAGCACCCUGAGUGACUAUAACCGAGAUUACGGGCCACGUGCCGAGUGCACCCACCGCCGGCACCCUCGGCAGGGUGGGAACUCGUGACCCUCCCGGGUUGCGGCGGCCUCUCGCGAUGGCCAAUGCCGUCGUCGAGGAGACAAAAGGAAUGGAGCUGUUGGGAGGGGUGGGGUCGAGCGCCGUUCUUUGGACUCUGCCCUUUGCCUGGGAGAGACCAGCGUCGAGGUUCGAUUAGGGAACGAGGUCACCUGCGCCGUGGUGUUCGUGGGUGUUGUGGCGGUGAUGGUAAGCGCGGUAUUGGUGACGGAAGUGGUGAUGGUGGUGUUAGAGGCGGCAGUGAUCCUAGGGAUCGCUGUGAUGUGGGGGUGGAGGGGGAACUCUCCCGCGCCUUCCACGUGGACCCUCUGAGUCACAGUGAGGUCAAGACACACAGCAGCAGCAGCAUCAUCAUCGGCAUCCGCUCAUGCAGCGGGAGGAGGACGUCAUGUCUGGUGUGUCUCCCGCGGUGUGAGUCACGUGGUCUGGUUCCUCUGCGUCACCCGGGCACUUUGAACCCUCCACCGACUCGCAGUGGCGACAAGUUAACGUCCUCGUCUGAUAUGCAGGAGGUCGUGGGUUCGAACCCGACCCUGACGUCUGCUUAUUUGGAGUUCGCGAGUUCUCCCCGUGAUCGCGUGGAUUUUUCUCCGAGUCCUCCGGUUUUGCAAUCCACAUUUAUAAACGUGCUUUUGAAGUAUUUUACUGCUUUACAAUUUCCACGUGAUAAGCCACUUCGUUGAGCGAUCAUUUGUGGCCAGGUCGCUUCUGAAAAAGAGCUACAUAGCUUAGUGGGACCUUAGCUGGUAAAAUAAAUAAAGAGAGUUUUAGGCGUGGGGAGGCCCUCUUCCAGUAGUGGAUUGUCAACAAGGGCCCUACACAAACACGUCCUGUGGUGAGACGUGUCCCCAGGUGUGUGGUUAGGUGUGCCCGUGGGACGACAACACAAGGGCCCCUUAACAACAGUGAACUUUCCUUUGUGUUUCACCAAGAAAUGAAUUGGGGUUGGAGCUUCCGCGGAUUUCUCUGCUGUGCGUGACGGACAAAGAGGUGAGUGGGGGGUGACGUAAUAGGUGGGUGCGGGGGAGACUUGGGUAGAGUUCACAGGUACAGGUGAGUUGGUGUCUGAACAUGCGGCGCAAUAAUGGCUGGCGAUGUUCAGGGGCUCGCUGCCAAUGUGGAGGUCUCCUGCUGCUGCUGCUGCUCGCCACGACGCCCUCUGCGUCAGCGGGGGGAGAGGAGUUCGUGUCGUGUUGCCCUCGCCAGAGACGUCUUUGACUUUGUGGUGUGGGCACGCGCGGGCACUUCGCGUUCCUUCGGUUUUUUGUCCCCACUCGGGAAAAAAUAAAAUCUCAAAUGAUGUUUUGCACAUCCCAUCAGACACACGGUCUUGCGCGAGUGGUUAUUGACGCAGUAUCAUUGGUUCGACGCACUGCAAACUUUGGACCGGUUUCGACAUCCAGUGUCUCAGCAGCCAGAGUCACGCUCUGCUUGAACCAUUGCUGGUGAGCUGCCAGCUGUUUUCUGACAGAUGUUCAUAACUAAGGAUCCUAGUUCGACACAAAGCUCUACACGCUACACAACACAGGAUAAUCAGCAGUAGCUUUGUUGUGGAGAACGUGACCAGAUCGAUCCACAGCCCCGUGGCGAAUCUCUCCCCAUGCAAAAUCAGUCGCUCCCCUCCCCUCCCACGCCCCCAGGAGGUGACGCGCACGGCGUCUGCGUCUCGCCUGAGUCGCAGUGCAAACUCACUCACUCCACCCUGCGCCAGCUGAACUCGCCACUAGCACGUAAACACGCAGCUCUCAUAGCAGGUGAACUUACAGACACUCCCCACUCCUCUCGCCACCGCGUCCCUCUCGGGGGGGGGGGGGUUCGACUGGGACCCCUGCUCCACAUGGGGCCUCACGGAGGGCCCAUCUUCCUCUCCCUCUUGCUUCUCACGGCCGUGGCGACCCUGGGUUCGGAGUUCAACUUAACUGCUGGACCUCGCGUGUCUGUUCCUCAGAGAGAACUGAAGGGGGUCCUCGUGUGGACUGACCCCUCCGUGGGGGGGAACUCCUCCGUUGUGGGGGGUUCCUCGCAGCUGCUCGAGUUGGAGGGGCUGCUGCUGCUGGGCGGGCGGGACGCCAUCCACGUGCUCGACGCGAGCAACGUGAGCCGCCCCGUGGCUCCGCCGAUCGUCUGGGCUCCGUCGCUGUCCGAAAAAUCGGAAUGCUCCAGCAAGGGACCCAUGAUGGAGGAGUGCGCAAACUACAUCCGCGUGCUGCACCGGCUCAAUGACUCGCACCUCUUCACGUGCGGCACACACGCCUUCAACCCCCAGUGCAUCUACAUCCGCACCACCCCCAGGCCCCUGCAGCUCCUCCCGGCGAUGGAGGCAGGACGAGGGCGCUGCCCCUACAGCCGGAGCCAGGGGGCAGCCUCCGUGGUGCUGGAUGGUGAACUCUACACCGCCACGUCCAACAACUUUCUGAGCACGGAGUACGUGGUGGCGCGCUCCCUCGGGGGGCGGACUCCCCUCAAGACGGAACUUCUCAACGACUGGCUCAGCCAUCCGGACUUCGUGUUCCUGGGCGCGGUGCGGGAGAGUGAGGAUAGCGAGGACGGCGAUGACGACAAGGUGUACGUCUUCUUCAGCGAGAGAGACAGGGACACGAGAGCUAUGGUGGCCAGCGUGGCGCGCGUGUGCAAGGGAGACCUCGGGGGGCUGAAGGCCCUGCAGAAGCGGUGGUCGUCUUUCCUCAAGGCCCGCGUGGAGUGCACGCUGCCCGGCUCGCUCGGGCCGCUGCAGAAAAUCCGCUCCGUGUUUUACCACCAGCCCGGGCCGUCGUGGCGCGACGGCCUCUUCUACGGAGUCUUUGAGUCCCAGGGGCCGUGGGGCCCCAUCUCCGCGCUGUGCCCGCUCCCCGUGUCGCGCCUGCGUGCCGUAUUCCAAGGCCCGUACCGCGAGUUCCACUCCAACAGCAUGUGCUGGAGUGCCCGCAGCACCAACAUCCCCUCCCCACGGCCCGGAUCGUGCAUCACGGACGCCAUGCGCGCGCGGGGGAUCAAGAACUCGACGGACCUGCCCGAGCAGACCUUGACCUUUGCCCUGGAGCACCCCCUCAUGGCGCAGGCGGUGACCCCGGAGGGGGCCGCGGGCCCAGUCCUCGUGGCCCCCCCCGGGCUGCGCUACACGCAGGUGGCGCUGCUCCGGGUGCUGGACGCCAAAGGCGCCCCCCGCGACCUCGUGUACCUGGGCACAGACUCAGGGCUGCUGCACAAGGCUCUGCUGGGUCCCCCGGGGCAGCCGGCCUACGUCAUCGAGGAGCUCAACCUCUUCAGUAACCCACAGCCAAUCAGCAGCCUGCAGAUCUCGCACGACAAGACGCGGCUCUUUGUGGUUAGCGGGAGCGCGGUGGCACAGGUGGCGCUGGGGGGCGCCGCGUGCGGGCGCUACCCCUCGUGCACCGACUGCGUUCUCGCGCGUGACCCCACGUGCGCAUGGGACGCUAAUUUGGGCUGUGUGGGGGUGCUGGACAACAGAGGAUACCGCAUCCAGGAUGUGGAGAACGGGGACGUGGGGGAGUGCACCGAGAAACAGGCCACCCCCACCGUGACCCCGGUGCUGGCCGCUCUCCGGGGCAGCGCGUUCCUGCCCUGCCCGAUGCCCUCGGCGCACGCCCACGCCCGGUGGCUCCACGAGGGGCGGCAGCUGCGGCGGCCGCCGCCCUCCGAGGCCCCCGGCCUGGCGGGCCCUGCCGGACGGCCUCCUGCUGCUGGCGCUGGGCCGCGAGCGCUCCGGCGUGUACGAGUGCUCCGCCCUGGAGCGCCGCUCGCACCGCGCCAUCGCCGCCUUCUCUCUGACGGUCUCCGACGACGCCCUGAAUCCCUGCCGCUCCGAGGGCUCCCGCUCGGCAUUAGCCGGCGGCGGCGCGUGGGAAGGCUGGGUCAUCCCGAUCGCGGCGGCGGCGGCGACGGCGGCGGCGGCGACGGCGGCGGCGGCGGCGGCGGUGGCGGCGGUGCGAAGGUGGAAGAGAAGCAGGAGGGUGACGAUCGGCGAGGAGGGCCGCUCGUACCGGCCGCGCCGGCGGCGGCGCGAGCAGCGGCAGUCGCGCGUGCCGCUGGUGGGCAGCGAGGACGUGGCGCUGCUGGCCUCGUACCGCGUCUCGCAACGCCACUCCGCCGCCCCGCAGUUCGCCGGCGUCGAUCCGCCGCCCGCCGGCACCGCGGCGCCGCCCGACGGGAGCCGCGCCAACGGGGAGCUCCGCGCCAAGCGUCGUCCGCCGGUGGCGCUUCCGCUGCCCCCGCCGCCGCUGCCGCCGCCGCCGGCCGUCCCCUACCGCGAGCGGCUGGUGAAGGUGGCGCCGCGGCACGGCGGAGCCGGGAGGCUGAGCAUCGUGGCCGGGAGGGCUCACGAGAACGCCCCGCUGCCGCACUACGGCAGCGGGGAGGAGGGCGCAGGCGACGGGGGGCAAGAGUCCACCGUGUGAGCCGGGCCGGACUCGACUCAACAGAUCUGGCACGUGGCCGAGGGAUGAGCAGGGCUGGACUCGAUAUUCUCUGGGCCACUGCUGGACUGGAGUUGGUCGCACACGACUAGCCACAGCCAUAGUGAGAGGUGCUGUGGAUGUGGUGUGCCGGAUGCAACAAUAUUUGCAGGUCGCCAACCCGGACAGACCCGGUGGAUAGCUAUGCCUUGGGAAUGAGAGAUAUGUUGUUGUGGUUGUUAUUGUGGUUGUUAUUGUGGUUGGUGUUGUUGAGUGCCUGGUGGGGUGUACAUUCCUGUGGCUCUGCCCAUACACACCCAGAGUUCUGUUUAACCUGGUGUGAAUCACCACUGCGUCUACUUGGCCUGAAAUGAAUCCAAUUGGUGCUAGUAGUGGUCAUGAAACCGUCAAAGCCGGAGAAACAAAGGCGGCAAGGCGUUUCCACCUCGCCCACCACCACGUCCGCUCUGCGUUUGUCUUAAUCGGCGUCUCGCCAACCCGCACUCGAUUUGCAUGCGGCUCAAUCUCCCGGAAUGCACCUGGUUAGUGCUUCGACGUGAAUCUGCCUGGGAGUCACAGCUGCUAUAGGCUCAGGCUCCGAGGUGGCCAGGUGAUGGCAGUACGGAAAUUGAUUAUUGGAUCCAUCUGUGCGGAGUUUCGAGCGUGAUAUUCCCCUCCGAUAGCGGUGGAGGUGGUCUCGCCCGAGCGAGGCCUGCCGGGCGGGUAGCCCGUGGGCGAGUAUUGACUCGCCCCGCGCUCCUGCUCCACCACGGGGGGAUGAGCAGGGGGGCGGGGGAGAGAGAUAAGGAGGA